AUGGCAUUGACCAAUCGGAACACGGUUAUAAUGUUUGACCAAACCGGAGCCGGCCAAUCAGGUUACAAAUUAAGAAAACGCUACAAUGGAACAUGGUGCACCACAAGUCACAAUGAUCUUGUGGAUCCUACAUGCUAUGCACACUCAGUAGAGUAUGACAUUGCUGCUAACAAAGUUAGGCCUUUGAGGCUUGACACUGAUACAUGGUCUUCCUCUGGUUCAUUUCUUAGCAAUGGAACACUAUUGCAAACUGGUGGAUAUGGCAAUGGAGCUAAAAGCAUAAGAUUCUGUAGACCCUGUGAUGGUGGUGGAGGAAAGAAUCUUACAUGUGGGUGGAUUCAAUCAAAGAAGACCCUUUUUGAUGAACGGUGGUAUGCUUCUAGUAAAAAACUCGCAGAACAUGACAGAGUUGUUGUUGUUGGUGGAAGAAACGUAUUCACAUAUGAAUUUGUACCAAAAAUUAAUCAUGAAGAAAAAUCUUUUGCUCUUCCAUUCUUGCACCAAACCAAUGACAAAAAUUCAGGAGGGGACAAUCUCUAUCCUUUUCUUCAUUUAUCAUCUGAUGGGAACUUGUUCAUUUUCGCAAACCGUGAUUCGAUCCUGCUCAACGCGAGAAGGAACUGGGUGAUCAAGACAUUCCCUCGGAUCCCUGGACACGGAUCAAGAAACUAUCCAAGUUCAGGCUCAUCUGUGAUGCUACCUUUACAUCAUAAGCACAAGUUCCAAAAGGUGGAAGUUAUGGUAUGUGGUGGUUCUACUACUGGGGCAUUCAGGGCUGCUAACAAGGGCAUGUUCCUAGAAGGCUUAAGAUCAUGUGGGAGAAUGGUAAUUACAGGUGAGAGUUAG